AUGUUUCCAACCGGCUGUGCUGCGAUUGCUGGAAGCUGCAAGAGGGUGCAGAUCGUACUCACACUCGCCCUCACCUUCUGCGUAGUGCAAGGAUUCAUAGAGGAAAAGUUUGAAGGUGACCCGUGCACGCUUGAGUCUGGUGCGGAGGGUGUAUGUCAGAGGGCAGAGUCGUGCAGCUGGUUGGGACAGGCAGUCCGCAAACAUCAGACGAUUGUCCACUGUGGGUUCGAUCGGGAAGUACCGAUCGUGUGUUGUGCAAAGAUAGGCUCUACAGGCCCUUCAGAGCUGGCCAUAAAAGCAUGCAAGAACAUCGAAGGCGUCUAUUCAUCGCUAGCCUAUCACAUUCUGGGCGGUAUAGAGGCGAAAGAUGGUGAAAUACCAUUCAUUGCGGCGCUCGGCUUUCCACGGGACAACGCGGGACCGAACGAAAGUCCUUACGUAUGGCGUUGCGGGAGCAGUCUGAUUACUCCCAGCUUUCUGCUUACGGCAGCACACUGUGUCCAGCACGAGCCGCCAAAGGUGGCAAGGAUGGGAACGCUCAACUUGCUUGCUUCGGAACGAACGGACGCCAUACAGGAUCGCAGUGUGAAACACAUCAUCCCGCACCCUAGCUACGAUCGGCCCAAAAGGUACAACGACAUCGCUCUGAUAGAGGUGGAGAGUAGCUUCCAAUUCGAGUCGACAGUGAAGCCGGUGUGCCUCACCACUAGCCUUGCAGACAGGGACGUAAACGAGCACCUGCGAGCAGCUGGUUGGGGUAUGACUGAGUUACGCGCGCAAUCACCAGAAGCACUGCUUGUGACGAAUCUGACGACGGUGUCGGUUGGUAAGUGUCGGGAACAGUACGACGCUUUGAAGCAAGUCAAACGUCGGGCACUGCCGAACGGCAUUCGCUUCUCGCAAUACUGCGCCGUCGGUGUAUCCACCAGUGAAAUCGACCGCUCCGACACCUGCGAGGGUGACUCAGGCGGGCCACUUUAUUACAUCGAGAACAGCGACGGCGAGCAGAAAUACUUCCUACUUGGAGUCAUCUCUUUCGGUCUGAACUGUGGCUCGAGUCUGCCAUCCGUGUACACUCGGGUUGCGUUCUAUCUGGACUGGAUAGCGACUCACGUUUGGCCAGAGGGAGUCGUCAGUAAACGAUAGGUUGCAAGGCGGUCUAGUAGCAUCAUCGUUGUCAGCUGGUAUUCUCUUAGUCAUUCGAUAAAGUAAAACUAUCUGCCAGAAUACAGAAUAAGUGGGUUGGACAUAGGAUGGAAAUUUACAA